AUGCGAUACCACAAGACAGCUCUUUUGGGGCUUGCGGCUCCGACCGCGCUGGCCUCACCAACCCUAGCUCCAAGCGUCUCAGUAACCCAAGGCAGUUCAACUGGAAGUCAACCGACUGUGACCGCGUCGUUGCCACCUGUGGGUGUUGAAUUGGCCAGCUUGCAGAACCUGGCGGGGGGUGAAUACACGGUGACCCUGGUGAACUUGCACACGGUUGGACUCACCACGAAGCAUGGCACCAAUCCGGGUAAACCGACGGCAAUAUGGGCGCACAACGAGGCACCCACAUUGGCCAGAAAUUCUAUCGCCGUCUUCGCUCUGCCAACAGGGUGGGGUGGGGGUGUUUCACUGGCAGAAGAGGGCUCUGUCAUCAAUGGCGGGCUUCUUUGA